AUGGCCGCUGGGCGCCACGGAGGAUACAGGGACUACGAGGCAAGGGAGCGGGAGCUCGACGCGGAGGCUUCCAGGAGGAGCAAGGAGCAGCAGCACCACCACCACCCGAGCGGCCGACACCAACGCGGCGACUCCGACCCCCGCUGCGAAGCUGACCGGCGCCGUGACGGCGGUCGCAGCAGGGGCGGCAGGGAGUUGUCGAACGGGUACGGCCACCGCCGCUCUCCGCCUCCCAGGAGUCGCCUCUCAGCGAGGCUCGGGGAUCGCGAGCCUGGCGAAGUUCUGAGCGGUAGUGCGUCAGAUGACUCUGGUGGGAGGCCGCAUAGAGCGAGGGAGAAUGGUGUAUCAAGUUCUAGUAGGGAUGGUGAAUCGGUGGUGGCUGCAUCGGCCUCAUCACCUAGCAAGAAAAGGAAAUUCUCACCGAUAAUAUGGGAUAGGGAUAGCCCAAAGCCAAUGCAUUCUGAUGUGGCGAAGGGCAAGAAGGCGGUGGACUCUGUGCCUACCGAGCUUCCUCUCCCUCCCCCUCCCCCUCUGCCUCCGCAGGAUCACAUCCCUGAGAGGUUGGCUGUGGAGAAGUCGCCGAUGGAUGUGGAGCCUGCUGUUGCUUCCGAGAGUCCUGAGCAGUUACAGGAGCAUGCGGAGAGUAGAGUGAUGGAGGAGGAAGAAGAGUACUCAACAAUGAGGAACAUAUCAACUUCAAGGUGGGCUGGUGCUAAUGAUGACGAGGAAGAGGGGGCACCACACAGGAAGAAGAAAAGUGCAUCGCCUGCAGACUCUGCUGAGUUGGGGCAGAGGAAGAAGGCUCUUAGCCCAGAACUUGGUGAGGUUGUGGCCAGUGAUAUCUCUGGAGGGAGGACCAUGUCAAGGUCGUCUGAUUCAGGGAGGUUGGGUGCUGAUGAGAAUGAGGAUUUGGAAGUUGAUAAAGAUGAUUAUAUGGACGUUGACAGAGAUGAUGAUGGUAACAGUGAUAUUGCAAAUCAUCAGUCAGGUAUGGACUCAGAGUAUGAAGUGCGCCGGUCUGAAACACCAGAACCAGUGAAGCCACCGCACAGAUGUAUAAAUAUGCUUCAAGGUUGCAGAAGUGUUGAUGAAUUUGAGAGGCUCAACAAGAUUAAUGAAGGCACCUAUGGUGUUGUAUACAGGGCAAGGGAUAAGAAGACUGGUGAGAUUGUUGCGUUGAAGAAGGUCAAGAUGGAGAAGGAGAGAGAAGGUUUCCCAUUAACAUCUCUUAGGGAGAUAAACAUCCUUUUGUCUUUUCACCAUCCCUCAAUUGUUGAUGUUAAGGAAGUAGUGGUUGGUAGUAGCCUAGAUAGUAUUUUUAUGGUGAUGGAGUACAUGGAACAUGAUCUUAAAGGUGUCAUGGAGGCAAUGAAGCAGCCAUAUAGCCAAAGUGAGGUCAAAUGCCUGAUGCUCCAGCUGUUGGAGGGUGUGAAGUAUCUUCAUGAUAAUUGGGUACUUCAUAGGGAUCUGAAGACCUCAAAUCUUUUGCUGAAUAACCGUGGUGAGUUGAAAAUAUGUGAUUUUGGACUAUCUCGUCAAUAUGGAAGCCCGCUAAAACCUUACACUCAAUUGGUUGUGACUUUGUGGUACAGGGCGCCAGAACUAUUAUUAGGAACGAAGGAAUAUUCUACCGCCAUUGAUAUGUGGUCUGUGGGCUGCAUAAUGGCAGAGCUUUUGGCCAAAGAACCAUUAUUUAAUGGGAAAACUGAGUUUGAACAGCUAGAUAAGAUAUUUAGAACACUUGGCACACCUAACGAGAAGAUAUGGCCUGGCUAUGCCAAAUUGCCGGGUGUAAAAGUCAAUUUUGUCAAACAACCGUACAACCGAUUAAGAGAUAAGUUCCCAGCUGCAUCUUUUUCUGGUCGUCCAAUUCUGUCUGAAGCAGGUUUUGAUCUGUUAAAUAAUCUUCUAACAUACGAUCCUGAGAAGCGGUUAUCAGCAGAUGCUGCUUUGCAGCAUGAGUGGUUCCGUGAAGUUCCUCUACCUAAAUCAAAGGAUUUCAUGCCAACAUUCCCUGCUCUAAAUGAAUUAGACAGGCGUACCAAACGGUAUUUGAAGAGUCCUGAUCCUCUAGAAGAGCAACGAUUGAAAGAACUACAAGGGAACAUUGGCAACCGUGGUCUUUUUGGCUGAGCUAUUAGCAACUUGUUUGGGCUCUAUUGAUCCUGACUGUCAUGCAUCAUUCUGAAUCUAUGAGGUCAGAUACACUCUGAGCAGGCAUGGUGCUGGUUUAAGUUGAUAGGUACCUGGCCCAUCAUAGAAAUUUUGUUGCAGGAUUAACUCCAACCAGAUUGAUCAUAAAAGCAGUCUAAUCUGCCUGCAUCGUAAGGUGUGGCAUGUUGGCUUUUAUUGGUUAACAGCAGUUUCACCUUUGGAACUUCUGUAUGUAAAAUAUUCCAGAUUGGUACGUUGUAAACAAUGUUCAGUGCGUUGGAUUUAAAAUAAGAAUAUUCCAUCAUUUUUUUUCUAUAUUCUCCUAGUGCCUUUUCUUUUGAUCUUUCCAUUUUGUUUGCAAGAGACAAGAGAAGCGAAGGGGAAGGAUGCCUUUUGCUUUUCACCAGGAAAUCAAUGGACAGUAAUACAACUUGAAAGCUUAAGCUGUGGCUGCUUCAAGAUAGGAAGCUUGAUGGCCCUCAGCUUGUUGUACCUAAGUGACUAAAUUUUGUGGAAGGUCUUCAAGAGAGUUCACCUGUUACUUUAGUGAACCAUAGUGGUCACUGGUCAGUCUACUUAUCCUAUCCUGUCUAUUAAUAUACAUCAUACUUCUGACUGAUUGUGGGGACCGCUCGUCCAUUUCUUUGGGAUGGUUGAGGUGUAACGCCUUCUCUUAAAUGACAUUAUCUUCAUGAACAACAUUUUAGUUUUCUCCCUACAACUUUUUCCCUCUUGACAUUACCUGUAAACUUUGAAAACUAGUACAUGGACACCUGAAAUGGUACUGCGAACUUUAAACUACUAGUGGAGCGGGUUACUCACAAAACUACUUUAAUCUGAUUAGUUUUAGAUGGGAUCACACAACUUGAAAGGCAAGACUUCUACUGUUUUAGCUUGCUCUGCAUAGUUUUAGCAGCUUGUGCUGCAAUAGGGUGAGGGUUGCUCAACUGCGCAAAUCCUCCCCUGAUGCAAGACCACAUUAACUUGGACAAGAAUAUGCUUUAAAAUUUUAAUCAUAUAUGAUGCUUGCAUGACCCGCUUGAGUGAUAUUUGGGUCUCUUUUUGUAAUCGUGCUUCUCUCUAACUUGUCUUCCCAUGCCUUGCCGAUAUGAGUUUUGGGAUAUAUCGAUAUCUGUUCAUUGGUUUGAUUAUUCGUUGUCGUUAUUUUGUUCUAACGUGGCCUCGAAGAGCCUCUAUAAUUCAGCCGGCAUUGCCUGUUCGAAUGGCCAUCCGAGGCCUGUCUGCAUUGCUAUGGGGGUGGCAGCUGAUUCUAUGUACGAAAGAGGAAGCACACGCAUGUAUCAUUUUGUCAAGUACUGUUGUGUAGUGCAUUGUUCGCUAUGUGUACUUUGUGUUUUUCUCUCCCCCUUUUGUACUUUCCUAUAUCAAUGCUUGUAAACAUGGAGGACUAUUGCUUUACAGUAGUAGGUACUGAGCUAGUAUUACAUGUAAGUCUGUCUCAUUUACAAGAGAGGAGAAGUUGCCGUGUGUGCAAAUGCUCAAA